AUGGCUACUUCGGCCAGAACCUCUAGUGGCCUGGAGCACUUCACGCGUGUCAAUGAGUCCAUGUGGAUAAACAAACCUACCUCGACCCCGACCUCGACCUAUCCCUCGCCUUCAAGCGCCCCAGACCUCAUCCUCCUCGCAGGUUGGAUGGGCGCCUCGCCCAGACUCCUUUCGAAAUACACCGCUGGCUACGAGAAACUAUACCCCUCUGCGCGCAUCUUAGCCAUCACCACGACCGCCUGCGACGCCGUAUUCCAGUCCCAGUCCUCCAACGUCGCGCGGAUCGAGCCAGCCAUAGACACUCUCCUCUCCCUCCCUCCCGAGGCCAAACUUCUCGUCCACUGCUUCUCGAACGGGGGCGCAUGGAGGACAUGCACGAUCGCAAAAGCAUACCGGGAGAAGAUGGGAAGGUCGUUGCCUGUCACAGCCAUGGUCCUGGACAGCACGCCCGGCCGAGAAAGAUACGAGACUACGAUACGCGCGUUUUCCGUCUCGCUGCCGAAGAACAUCAUCUUGAAUACCCUCGCCGCUGUUCUUCUCAGGAUCGGGUAUGGCGUUUUGAGAAUUGCGGCCUGGCUGAGUGGAAAGACGGAUUUCAUUGCGGAGCUUAGGGAAGAUCUGAAUAACAAAGACUUAUUUGACGUCGAUUCCUCGCGGCUGUAUGUCUACAGUGAUACAGACCUUAUGGUUGAUUGGAGGUUUGUGGAGGAGCACAUUGCAGAAGCUAAGAGUUUAGGGUACGCCGUGCAAGGAGACAGAUUCAUUGGCAGCGCGCAUUGUGGACAUCUGCUACAGGACUCCGAGAGGUACUGGGGUGGGGUCACUUCCUCUUGGGAAACUGCUCUUUAA